AUGGGUCUCUACAGGUUCCUCAUCGCCAUCCUCCCGGUCGUCUUGGCCGCGGACCUCUACGUCGCGCCCGCCGGCUCAGACAGCGCUGCCGGCACUCUCGCGGCUCCUCUCAAGUCCAUCCAAGUUGCCGUCGACAAGGCCGUUGCCGGCGACACCAUCUACCUCCGUGCCGGCACAUACUCGCCUACGACUAACAUCAAGAUCACCAAGAGCGGUACUUCCGCCAAGCCAUACACCCUGACGGCUUACAACGAUGAAGCCGUCACCAUCGACGGAGAGGCUUUGCCCGGCACCCCCGGCGCUCUCGACUCCUCUCUCGCCAAUGCCGACCGCGGUGUUCUUCACAUCGAGGGAGCCAACUACUGGAAGUUUUACAAGUUGACCAUCAUCAACGGUCCCUACGGCGUCUACCUCCGCGACGGAUCCAACAACUACUUUGAGCGCAUCGUCACCCACGACAACUACGAGACGGGCUUCCAGAUGCAGGGCACCCUGAGCAACAACCAGGUCAUCUACCUCGACUCCUACCGCAACCGCGACCCUCGCAAGAACGGCGAGAGCGCUGACGGCUUCGCCUGCAAGGAGGGCUCCGGCACGGGUAACAUUCUGAAAGGCGCUCGUCUUUGGGAGAACGUCGACGACGGUCUGGAUCUCUGGGAGUUCAAGUCCCCCGUCACCAUCAUGGACACCAUUUCAUGGGGCAAUGGCGUGAACCGCUGGGGCUUCACCGACUUCCAGGGCGACGGCAACGGCUUCAAGCUAGGCGGCGGCGACGCCGCCGACGUCGGCUCGGCGAACCACGUCAUCACCAACAGCAUCGCCUUCAACAACGCGGCCAAGGGCUUCACCGACAACAAGCAGCCCGGCAACUUCCAGUUCACCCGCAACACGGCCUACAACAACGGCGCUGUCGGGUUCCAGACCAUUACGACCAAGUCGACGCUAAAGAGCAACGUCGCUGCCGCCAACUCGGCAACCACGGCAAAGUCGGGCCAGACGUCGCUCGUCAGCGGCACCACCAGCAGCGGCAACUCGUGGGACGGCAGCGCCACCUGGUCCGCUUCGAGCUUCAAGAGCGUUGAUGUUAGCUUGGUCAAGGGUGCGCGCCAGGCUAACGGCAAGAUUGUGGCGAGCAACUUUUUGAUUCCUACCUCUGGCGAGGCUAUUGUCAUCAAGCAUAAAUCCGCCUCUAUCAACAACAUCCCUACCGCCCUUCGCGCAGAGGCUACUAUUACAGCAAACAUGGCGUACCGCCUCAUCACCCAGGUCGUCUUCGUCGGCACCCGCAUCGUCGGUCGCUCCUUCGCCGCAGCCUACAAGCAAGCGCAGGCCUCUUCUGAGUACGCCCGCGCGCAAGCCAAGAACGGCAACGCCCCCGCCGGCACAAAGGGCGCCGGCUCCGGCGGCUCGGGCAUGACACUCGACGAGGCGUGCAAGAUCCUCAAUGUUGAGGCACCCGGCAAGAACGGCGCCGACGCCAACGCCGGCGAGGUCAUGGAGCGCUUUAAGAAGCUGUUUGACGUGAACGAUCCCAAGAAGGGCGGCAGCUUCUACCUGCAGAGCAAGGUGCUCCGGGCGAGGGAGAGGUUGGAGAAGGAGAUUGGGCCGCUGGUGGAGAAGGAGGAGGUCGAGGCUGAGGUGAAGGAAGGGUUCAAGCCCAAGAUCUACAAGGACCGGUGA